GUUUUCCGCGAGGGCCUGCGGUUUGCAGGCUCCAUCGGCGCCCUGGAUGAGGAAGGCAGACCGCCACCUUUGACAGAAGUAAAUGCGCAGAGGUAUGGUGUGGCAGAUGUGGAAGAUCCAUCUGUGAACAUCCAGCGGGCCCCGCCAGCACCGAAAGUUUCGCUCAGCUGUGAGAUGCUUGCUACUUCAGAGCUGGCAAUCACGCUUCCAGCGCUCAUCGGCAGGAAGGCCGCCGAACACACCAAGGUCGUGGCGAUCUUCAUCAAUGGUGAGGUCGCCAAGCUUUACUCCGAGACAGCCCGAUUAGCGGGUGCUUCCUAUGAGGUCUUCGAGGCUCACUCUGGCAUUAGCAAGAAGGUGCGAAAGAAAGUCCUGCAGAGCUUUGGGGCUGCAAGCGCGGGCGUGCUCUUCACUGCAGGAGUUUCCCCAGUCACCUUGCCGGCAGAAGGAGCACGUUGA